AUGAUGAUGAAGAAGUCUGGUCUCAUCGUAACGAUGGCGUUACUAUACUACACAACCUUUGUUGUUGUUUCUGUAACAGCAAAAGAGUGUACAAACACUCCUACACAGCUCUCAUCACACACUUUCCGCAACGAGCUUCUUCAAUCAAACAACGAAUCUCUCAAGACAGAGAUGUUCUCUCAUUACCAUCUAACACCAACCGAUGACUCAGCUUGGUCUAGUUUGUUACCGAGGAAGAUGUUGAGAGAAGAGGAAGAUGAAUACGGUUGGACUCUCAUGUACAGGAAGAUCAAGAACUCAGAUAACAACAACGCAUCUGGUAGCUUCCUGAAAGACGUUUCUUUGCACGACGUUAGGCUUGAUCCAGACACUUUCCAGUGGAGAGCUCAGCAGACGAAUCUUGAGUAUCUGUUGAUGUUGGAUGUUGAUGGUUUGAGUUGGAGUUUCCGUAAAGCUGCUGGUCUUGAUGCUCGUGGUGAUCCUUAUGGAGGUUGGGAGAGGCCUGAUAGUGAACUCCGUGGCCAUUUUGUUGGUCACUAUUUGAGUGCAACAGCAUACAUGUGGGCAAGUACUCAUAACGAUACACUCAAGGAGAAGAUGUCAGGUUUUGUCUCAGCUUUAUCUGCUUGCCAGGAGAAGGUUGGCACUGGGUAUCUCUCUGCUUUCCCUUCCAGUUUUUUCGACCGGUUUGAAGCUGUAAAGCCUGUAUGGGCUCCAUACUACACCAUCCACAAGAUUUUAGCUGGAUUGGUGGAUCAGUACAAGUUGGCUGGGAACAGUCAAGCUUUGAAAAUGGCUACAUGGAUGGCUGAUUACUUUUAUGUACGUGUUCGGAAUGUGAUAAAGACUUACAGCGUUGAAAGACAUUGGUUAUCACUAAAUGAGGAGACUGGUGGCAUGAAUGAUGUUCUCUAUCAGAUAUACAGCAUCACUGGAGAUUCCAAGUAUUUGCUGCUGGCUCAUCUCUUUGACAAGCCUUGCUUUCUUGGGGUGCUUGCAAUUCAGGCUGAUGAUAUAAGUGGAUUCCACUCUAACACACAUAUUCCCAUUGUGGUUGGAUCCCAACAACGGUAUGAGAUUACUGGUGAUCCUCUCCAUAAGGAAAUUUCAACGUUCUUUAUGGAUAUAGUCAAUGCAUCUCACAGCUAUGCAACUGGAGGAACAUCAGUCGGUGAAUUCUGGCAAGAUCCAAAGCGAAUGGCAACUACCCUGCAAACUGAAAAUGAAGAAUCAUGUACUACUUAUAACAUGCUAAAGGUGUCUAGGAAUCUGUUUAGGUGGACAAAAGAAGUUAGUUAUGCAGACUAUUACGAGCGUGCUUUGACAAACGGUGUGCUUGGGAUUCAAAGAGGAACCGAGCCUGGACGGAUGAUCUACAUGCUCCCAUUGGGUAAAGGUGUUUCUAAGGCCGUGACUUAUCACGGUUGGGGAACACCUUAUGAUGCCUUCUGGUGUUGUUAUGGCACUGGAAUUGAGUCAUUCUCAAAACUGGGAGAUUCUAUAUAUUUUCAAGAAGAUGGAGAAUCUCCAGCUCUCUAUGUCACACAGUAUAUAUCAAGCUCACUCGACUGGAAGUCUUCUGGUCUUUCUCUAUCUCAGACAGUUAAACCCAUUGUGUCAUGGGACCCGUACAUGCGUGUGACAUUCACUUUCUCUUCUUCCAAAGCGGGAAUGGGGAAGGAAUCCACUUUGAAUCUAAGGAUUCCUGUUUGGACAAACUCUGAAAGUGCUAAAGUAUCUUUGAAUGGACAAUCACUGAAAGUACCAGCUUCAGGUAAUUUUCUACCAAUCAAACAGAACUGGAAAUCAGGAGAUCAAGUAACCAUGGAGCUACCUUUGAGUAUCAGAACAGAAGCUAUAAAAGAUGAUCGGCCGGAGUACUCAUCUCUUCAGGCCAUACUCUAUGGACCCUACUUGUUAGCUGGACUCACGAGCAAGGACUGGAGCAUCACAACUCAGGCUAAAAAAGAUGGGAUAUGGAUAAGCUCUAUACCAGAAACACACAACAGUCACCUUGUCACACUCUCACAACAAUCUGGAAACUUAUCUUACGUGUUGUCAAACAACAACCAAACCAUCACCAUGGAAGUAUCACCUGGGCCAGGGACACAAGCCGCUGUUGCAGCAACUUUCAAGCUCGUGACUUCUGAUUCCAAAGUACGAAUCUCGGGUCCAGAGGAGCUAAUUGGAAGCCAGGUUAUGAUUGAACCGUUUGAUUUCCCUGGAAUGCUUGUGAUGCAAGCAAGUGAUAGCUCCCUUGUGGUACAAGAUUCUUCUUCUACUACUGCCAAAGAAGCCUCGAGCUUUCGUUUAGUAGCUGGAGUUGAUGGGAAGCCAGGAAGCGUCUCUUUAAUGCUAGAGAGCAAGAAGGGUUGUUAUGUGUACAGUGAUCAAACCAUAAAGCCGGGGAUGAAACUGAGACUCAAAUGUGAUUCUGAUGCAACUGAUGAGAAGUUUAAAGAGGCAGCAAGCUUUAGCUUAAGGAGAGGAAUGAGUCAAUACAAUCCUAUGAGCUUUGUGAUGAACGGAGCACAAAGGAACUUUGUGUUAGCGCCAUUGUUCAGCUUAAGAGAUGAAACAUACAAUGUGUAUUUCAGUUUACAAACUUGAAGAAGGAUAUACUUAAGCAAAAAAGCUCAUUAAGUAUUUUGGGAGUAAAAUAAGAAGAAAAAAAAAUGUGUUAAGGAAAUAGCUACAAGGGGUUGUGUUUAGAUGUUUAGUUUGUUAGGUGGUUUGUGUUAAUCUAUAAAUGUAUGUUUGCAAGUUACAAUAAAUAUAUAGACAAAGUUUUUAGUAGUUUGCAAGUCAAUUUAUUGAACAUCUUUAUUUUGUUGUUGUUCCACCAAUGAGUAACAUUC